AUGGCUGCGUGUUUCAAGAAUUUUGGAAGUGGAGCAUUGAGCACCCGGCGUUUAAUUUUUAAAGGGUUACACUCUAAACAACUUGUCACGAUGUCUGAAACGUUGAAUAAGGUGUCUGAUGUGGACAUCGAUGGUCAUGGCAGAUUUAAGUACAUUUUAAUCAACGUGCACGACGAAGCUAAUAGUGUCAACAAAUCGAUCGUCAGAGGUUAUGCCAGAUCGCAGUGGCAUGCGGACAUCUUCGACGUGGUGGAGAAGGAGCUGAAGAAGAUCGGCGGAUUGAGGUGCAAGUGCCUCGGAGGCGGAAGGAUCGAGCACGAUCCCGACGAAAGGACGCUCAAAGUAUACGGAUACUCUCAGGGCUUUGGGAAAGCAGAUCACCAAGUGUCGGUUGCUUUAUUGAAAAAGAAGUAUCCUGAUUAUACUAUUACUUGCUCCGACGAGGGAUACUGAAGAGGAGGGUAUUGAAGAAGAAGAGGAAUCUCUCGUGCUGUAACGCAACAAUAAUUGUAUUUAAAUAUAUUAAAUGGACCCUCCAGGACACCGCA